AUGACUAGUCGCCAAUCUCCUAUCCGGACGGACAUCGAGCUUUGGUAUGUCCCAGACCUGAUGGCCGUUUCCCCCGACAUGGAGAACGGGGCAUGGUUGCUCCGCCCGCUGUCCAUCCACUAUGAAGACUGCGACCAAGGGACCUCCUCUGUGGAAGAUGCAGAGGUGAGGUGCCUCAAGCUGACUCACAAGCGAAGGUGCAUCCCUGUUCGAGGGACCACCUCCGUCCGAGUCGAGUACGGACCACACAAGAAGACCCUGCCCAUCACGAUCGUCGAAGGGACCCUGCCAAGUUUGUUGGGACUAGACUGGUUCCGUGCAUUGGGCAUGGGAGUGACUGGCAUCUACCGAAGUGACGUUAACCUUAAAGAUGCACUCAUGAGUGAAUUCGAAGAUGUGUUCAAGGACUGCCUGGGCAAGUACAAGGGGACCCCUAUUUCUUUUAAUCUAGACCCCCAGGUAGCCCCUAUCCGGAUAAAAGCAAGGAGGGUACCUUUUGCCCUUAAGCCCAAGAUUGAUAAGGAAAUAGACAAGCUAAUAAGGCAGGGAAUACUGGUACCAGUCGACCAUGCCAAAUGGGAGACGCCAAUCGUCACCCCAGUGAAACCAGAUGGGUCAGUUAGAAUCUGCGCUGAUUACAAGGCAACGUUAAACAAAGCCUUGCAAAAGAGCGCUUACCCAGUUCCCGUAGUGCAACACUUGCUGCACUCGUUGGGACAAGGGCAAAUUUUUGCUAAAUUAGAUUUAGCACAAGCCUAUCAACAACUACCCGUAGACGCAACCACCGCCGAAGCCCAAACGAUCGUGACUCAUAGGGGGGCUUUCAAGUGUACCCGGUUACAGUUUGGGGUGAGUGUGGCACCAGGUCUAUUUCAAAAUUUAAUGGAGCGACUGUUGCAAGGGCUCCCCGGGGUAGUUCCCUACUUCGAUGAUGUUUUGGUAUCGGCAGAAAAUUUAGAGGAAUUGGGGGAGCGAUUGCCUCUGUUAGGGUUAUUGGCUGGCGACCGCCCAACGCCUGUGGCACUCUCACCCCGAUUGACCAGAUGGACUAUCUUUUUGGCCGCCUACUCCUACAAACUGCAGCAUCGACCAGGAAAGGAGUUGGGGCAUGCAGACGCAUUAAGCAGGUGCCCACUACCAGGGGCAAUCGAGGACCCCACUCCGGGGACGCCCGUACUAUUAAUUGACUCUCUGGACUCUGGCCCAGUCACAUCUAAGGAAGUGGCUCGGGCAUCUUACCGGGACGUUAUCUUGAGAACUGUACUUGGUUGGGUACAAAGAGGGUGGCCCGCUGCGCCGGGCGAGCGUUUUAAGGAGUUUGAGAAGAAGCGUGGGGAACUAUCGGCUCAAGGGGGGUGCCUGCUAUGGGGGGAUCGAGUGGUGAUCCCGGAGAAAUUGAGGGCAAAGGUAUUGGACCUCCUCCACGAGGGUCACCCAGGGAUCGUAAGGAUGAAGGGGCUAGCGAGAAGCUAUGUGUGGUGGCCCCUAAUGGACUCAGAAAUUGCUGAGAAGGUAGGGAAAUGCCUGGCCUGUCAGGAAUCUAGACCACUACCCCCAACGGCCCCAGUCAGGGAAUGGGAAAAACCCCAAGGGCCCUGGUCGAGAAUCCACAUUGAUUUUGCUGGCCCCUUCCACGGCCAAACCUUCCUAGUGGUAGUCGACGCCUUCUCUAAAUGGCUGGAAAUCAUUCUCAUGAGAUCCAUGACAGCCGAGGCCGUAAUCGCAGCCCUACGGCACCUGUUUGCAACCCACGGGCUGCCCGACACGCUAGUAUCCGACAACGGCCCGCAAUUCACGGCAACACAGUUUGAGGAAUACCUGGCAGAUGCGGGCAUCCGGCAUGCCCUCUCUGCGCCUUUCCACCCUGCGUCGAAUGGCCUUGCAGAGCGUUCCGUCCGGAGCGCAAAAGAGGCAUUGUCAAGACUCAAGCCAGGCGACUGGCAAACAAAGAUAGAUUUCUUUCUAGCGGUCCAGCAUAGAACCCCCAGCACCGCAACAGGCAGAAGCCCAGCCGAAUUAUUGAUGGGACGGAAGCUCCGGUGCCCACUAGACCGUUUAAAUCCCCAGUACACACCAGAGGGUUACCAGGGGGAACUUGGAAAAACUAGAGGAAUGGAAAUAGGCGACCGAGUGUGGGCACGCAACUAUGGGGACGGCCCAAGUUGGCUAGCAGGGCAAAUCAUAAAAGCAACCGGUCCAAAGUCAUACUUAGUUGAGUUAAAAGACAACCGAGGGAAGAACAUUGGGCAUGUAGAUGCUCUCAGCUGCGGCCCGCGGAUCGUUGAAGACUCAGUCCCAGCCGCCUCCAUCAGUCUGAUAGAGACCUUCCAGCUACCUUUGACAGCCUCUGAUAUUGCUAGAUCCACAGCUAAAGAUCAGGUCCUCACUGAAGUGCUGAACUGGGGUCAGACCUUUGUGGUCCUGGUGGAUCCGUACUCUAAAUGGGUUGAAUUCCUGAGGUAUCUGAUUGAUUCCUCAGGCAUUCACCACACUCCGUCUAAAUUGGCUUCCAUCAAAGACGCCCCCGUUCCCUCUUGCAAGGCAGCUCACCAAGCUUUUUUAGGCCUUUUAAACUUUUAUAGCAUGUUUUUGCCCCAUAAAGCAUCUGUGGCCAAACUUCUCCACAGACUGCUGGACAAAAACUUGCCAUGGACCUGGGGCCCCUUGGAGUCGGCUGCUUUCCAAGCAGUUAAAGACUUGCUCACGUCUUCUGCUGUCCUUGUCCUGUAUCACGCUUGCCUUCCUCUCAUUCUGACUGCUGAUGUUUCUCCUUUUGGGAUUGGGGCUGUUUUGAGCCAUAGGCUCCAAAAUGGCUUGGAAGCUCCAAUUGCUUAUUAUUCAAGGAUCUUGUCCUCCACGGAGUGGAAUUACAGUCAGAUUGAUAGGGAGGCGUUGGCUGCUGUGGCAGCUGUGAAGCGCUUUCAUGACUAUGUGUAUGGCCACAAAUUUGAGCUAGUGACAGAUCACAAGCCUUUGUUAGUUCUGUUGGCAGGGGACAAACAGACACCCAUUAUUCUUUCUCCCCAAUUGUCCCGCUGGACUACUUUCUUGGCCACUUACGAUUAUACAUUGGUCUAUCGGCCAGGCAAGCCCUGA